AAGAAUUGACAUGAAUAACAUGAAUAAGUCGGACCUUGACUUAGUACAGCUGCUCAAGACAUUUGAUCCGGAUACAAAGUCCUUCAAAUUUGGAACCAAAUCAUUCCAAAUCACAGGCAAUGCAGUGACUCAGAUUCUAGGACUGCCAAAUGAAGGCAAAUCUGUCAAACUUGUCAAUGAUAGGUACACUGCUACCUUCAGAACAAGGCACUUUGGAGAAAAGGGAAAACCAUCAAAAAACCAGGUAGAAGCAGAAUUACAAAAGACAAUUGCCUUGGCAAACCAACCGAAGAAAGAAAAGGCAAAGACAGAGCAAAAGAAAAAAAACGAACAAAGGAAAAGAAAAGAAAGAAGCUGAAGAAGAAGAAGAAGAAGAAGUUGAUUACGACAAGGAGGUGGUCAGCCUAAUAUUGAUUCUGCUGUGCAUGACAUUCCUUUUUGCCAACUCUUCAUCUACUUUGCAUUGGAAAUUAUUUGAGCAUUGUGUGAAUCUAGACACACUUUCAAGCUAUUCGUGGGCAAGAGCUGUUUCAGCCUACAUGAAUGAAUCCUUGACCGCAAAAGCAAAAGCAAAAGCAAAAGCAAAGAAGGGAGGAGAAGCCUCUAUAGGAGCUGUUUCGGGUUGCACUAUCCUAAUAUUGUUUCUACUGUGUGAGAGGACAAACAUCAUACAACCAAUCCUUGGCAAGGAGAAAGAAACUCCUGCCAUUCUUAAAUGGAGUCUUGUGGAACUCCACACAAGAUUCAACCAAAUAAAGGACUUGAAUGACAUCGAGGGUAUUUUCAAAACUCCUAAAAAGCGAAAAACUACCAGGGAAGAGGAAGACACUGUUGAGAAGGGUAUUUUGAAAACAUAUAAAAAGAGAAAAACUACCGGAGAAGAGGGAGACCCUCUUGACAAGGAAAAAGAAAAAGAAGAUGAUGAGGGACAACAAGGAGAAGCAGAGGAAGCAGAAAACCAAGGAAAACCUGAUGAUGCUGAUCAAACUCCAGAAUUAAAAGAGGCUGGAAAAAAGAAAAUGUUUGAGAAUGAAGCUGGAAAAGAACCUCUUGCAAUUCAAGACCUCUUGGUGAAGUCCAUGACAGACCAAAUCAACUACCGCCAACAACAAGAUCCUAGCUUCGUUUGCCCGAAAAGAUUACAACUGUGGAAGGAUGAAAAAAAUGAAGACAGUGAGAAGAAAAUGAAGGAAUUGUGGGAUAUAUUUAUCCAAGCAGAAAAGAGAUCAAAGGAGAAGUGGAGUUGUGAUAACUUUUGGGCAGGACUCAAUAAUGAGAAAGUGACAAACCAUGAUCUCAAAGAUAUUGUAUGGGACCUGGAACUGUCACAAAACGUUAUUGAGGCUUAUAUCCAAAUAGAGGAGGAUAAAAUAGAGCCCAUGCAGACAGAGAGUCCACAGUACAUGUCCACAUGGACUUGGGCUUACAUGCAAAGCUUCCAAGAGCCAUUUUGGCACAGGGACCUAUAUGAACACUUACUUGAAAAACUCGGGAAAUGCAGUGUUCUUUUCUUCCCGAUUAUUUCAAAAGAAGAGUUCCACUUCACACUUCUCACAUUUCACAAAAAUGAACGAAAGUGGAGACACUACAAUCCACUUAGAUCGUUGGGACAUAGAAAAGAAGAAAGGUGCAUUGACAUUGCUCGAAACUUUGUUAAUAUUGUUGAAGGGUGGCUAGAAUAUAUAAGACCUCAAGCACGAGUGUUCAUAGAAACUAAAAAAAAACCAACAAUUGUGAAGCAAAAGGAAGGGCCCCCGACAAUUGUACAAAAAGAUUUGACUCCAACUGAAGAACUCACUCUCAAUUGGAUUAUGCAAAAUCCAUUGCAGUUUCCAUUUGAGGAUGACAUGGAAUGUGCUCAACAAACUGUAUCUUCAUUGGAUUGCGGCAUGUUCGUCAUGUUCUAUAUGGAUAAAAUAGCACAAGGACAGCCCAUUCCAAAAAGCGUGGACAAGAAAUUCAUGAAUGAAUAUCGAGCACAAUAUGUCACAAAACUCCUACACCACAAAAACUGUGUAAUUAAUCGUCUCUAGUGAUUUGCCUUUCGUUAACUCAAGACAAUAUGUAUCUUAAUUCUUGUGGAUGUUUGUAAAUAUUUCUAGUUAUGGUAUAUGAGAACAUAUUUCCUAUA